GUCGUGAGGCCGCCCUGUCAUUGACGGAGACGCCCACCUUGCCCUCCUUACCCGUCUGCCUGCUAGACGGGUCGGCUACCUUUAUAAAACACGUACCUUCUUUUUUUUAUUCAAACAUCAGGUCAUCUAUUUUUUGUGGUUGCUGUGUCGACAUAACUAUGGCGGCGAGUGCGAAACGAAAGCAAGAGGAGAAACACCUGAAGAUGCUGAGGGAAAUGACGAGUUUGCCUGCUAACAGAAAGUGCUUUGACUGUGACCAGCGCGGCCCGACCUACGCCAACAUGACGGUGGGCUCCUUCGUGUGUACCUCCUGCUCCGGCAUUCUACGGGGGCUGAAUCCACCCAACAGAGUCAAGUCCAUCUCCAUGACAACCUUCACACAACAGGAAAUAGAAUUUCUACAGAAAAACGGCAAUGAGGUAUGUCGACAGAUCUGGCUGGGCCUUCAUGAUGGGAAAACCUUAUCAGCACCCGAUUUCAGAGAACCACAGAAAGUCAAGGAGUUUCUUCAAGAAAAAUAUGAAAAAAAGAGAUGGUAUGUACCUCCUGACCAAGCCAAAGUGGUGGCAUCUGUCCACGCGUCUAUCUCUGGAUCUUCAAACAGCAGCACCAGCAGCACUCCAGAGGUUCGACCGCUUAAAUCCCUCCUCGGUGACUCUGCUCUGACUCUCCAUCUCAACAAGAACACACCACCUAAUCAGUCUCCAGUGAUCGGACGUGGGCCGACCCAUCAACAGCAUGACAAGAAGUUUGACCUCCUCAGUGACCUGGGUGGCGACAUCUUUGCUGCUCCACCAAAAAUGAAUGCAGGCGCCGGCUCAAGUUUUGCAAACUUUGCACAUUUCAACAGCCACACAACGGCACCGAAUCCCAACACAAAUGCAGACUUUGCUAAUUUUGAUGCGUUUGCGAGCACUCCUGGGUCUGUGGGUGGUUUCCCUUCAUCAGCCCAAGCCCACUUGCAAGCCUCAAGCACAGCAUUCACUGUCCUCUCAUCCAGCCGCAGCACAUGUGAGUUAGCAACUGCUCUGCCUCUCCAGGUUGCUUUCAGUAGUGCCUCAGGGGGACUAGCAAAUGCCAGUUUUGCAAAUUUUGACAACUUCCCCAAAUCAUGUAGUGCUGACUUUGGAUCCUUCAGUUCGUCCUCCACAGGAGCAGUCAGGGACACGGUACAGAGUACCGGUGUCCCUGCCGAUAAAUACGCAGCCCUCGCUGACCUGGAUAACGUGUUUAGCUCUGGCAAAACAGAGCAAGGGGGCGCUGUUCCUGCCGGGGUGAGUUCGGUUUCUGCAGUGUCUCAUAACCAACCGGCCCGGGUUACAGGAGGGGACCGCUAUGCUGCUUUAGUUGAACUGGAAACCGUUUUUGGCCCUCCAGCUCCCAACGCUGGUGUUUGCAAUAACAGUCGCACACAGGGGGUUUCAUUUAAUCCAGAGACUGGAGUCUGCACAAGCCAAGCACAACAAGUACUACCUGGUAUGGCUCAGCCUCCAACCUUUGGGGCAGCCCAGCCAAAUAAUCCCUUUGCGGCUGCUGGUGCCUCAACCGCACCCACCAACCCAUUCCAGACCAACGGCAGAGCUGCCAGUGCGGCGGCGGCAGCCGCUGCAGCAGCAGCAGCAGCCUCAUUUGGCACCGCCUCCAUGAGCAUGCCUGCUGGAUUUGGAAACACGGCAGCCUACAAUCUCCCUACAAGCUAUAGUGGAACCUUCCAGCAGCCUUUCCCUGGCCAGGUGCCCUAUUCGCAGCCUCCACCGUAUCCCCAGCAACUCAAUGGUGGAGGAUUUCCAGUCUAUGGCCAGGGCAAGCCAGUGGUGACACCUUUUGGGCAGGCAAUGGCUGGACAAAUGGUCUCCAAUAACCCUUUUCUGGGUGCGGGGCCGCCGCCGCAAUAUCCAACAGGAGGCUCGUCGACGAAUCCUUUCUUAUAGCAUUCUAUCAUAUCAGCUUCUCUUCAGGGGUCUACUGAUGCCGCUUGCACCUAUUUCACUGUUUGGUUUCACAGGUAGCUUUAAAACACAAUGUUUGUAUAGAUUUGUAUUGCAGGUUGACACAAAUUGACCGUUCUGAAGCGUGACAGUCGUGACACUGUUUGUAGUGAUAAAAUAAUGUGAGUGCAGAGCGAGAGGUUGAUCCUCACCCCGUUGAAUUUGUGAAGGGCUCAUCAAGCCGGCUGAAAAGUAUGGGUUUGCGAGACUUGUCAAUCUUUACGUUCAAACUCUGUGAAUAUUGUUUUCUUCAGCAAAUCCACUCUUUGCGCAUAUCAGUAUUUGGACAAAAUUUAUUAUAACGAAACUAUUGCUUGGAAAUGCCAAUGGGUACUGCCAUCUCCAUUGUUUAUUUGUGCAGAAUACUUUUCGGUGAACCGGACAAAUAUUGCAUGUACUCUUGACAAUAAGUGAAGAGAGAAAGAAUGCUGCAAUGCUCUCUGCCAGGCCACGCUCGCACAAAAGAGGCCUGGCUCGCGAUGUCAUCCAUGUCAAUAUGGCAUAUGAACUGACAACCACUUUCAUUGCGUAUAAAGACAAUUUUAAUUUAA